AUGAAGUUGUCAACCUUUGCUCUGGGUCUGCUGGCACUAUUCACGCCGCUGAACCGGGAAAUCUUCCGCGUCCGCGACGAAAUCAUCGCCAAUGAAGGUCCCGACGUAACCUUCUACGACUUCCUGGGCGUCAAGCGCUCCGCCACCCUCGAGGAAAUCAACAAGGCCUACAAAAAGAAGUCGCGCGAGCUGCACCCGGACAAGGUCCGCCAGCAGCUUACUGCGAAGCGUCUCAAGGAGUCGAAGGAUAAGGCUAAGAAGAAGGGAAGCAAGCCGGGUGUGCAUGUCGCCAAGUCGCCUUCGCAAGCGGAGAUUCGGGCUGCAAUCAAGCGCGCCGAGCAGCGCCAGGCCAGGCUGUCCAUCGUCGCGGAUGUUUUGAGAGGGCCGUUGCGGGAUCGGUAUGAUUAUUUCUUGGAUUAUGGAUUCCCAACGUGGAAGGGCACGGAGUAUUAUUAUACGCGGUAUAGGCCGGGCUUGGGAACUGCCUUGACAGGAGUUUUCUUGAUGUUUGGUGGGGCGGCGCACUAUUUGGCGUUGUAUAUGAGCUGGAAACGACAGAGGGAGUUCGUGGAGAGGUAUAUCCGGUUUGCGAGGGUUACGGCGUGGGGGGAUAAUUUGGGGAUUAAUAUUCCCGGGAUUGAUGGGCAGCCCGUUGCGUCGCAGGCGGCUGCUCCGCAGCCACAGCAGACGGUCUAUCAAGAUGAGGAGGGCAGACCGGUGCCGAUGAAUCGUAAGAUGAGGCGGAUGCAGGAGAGGGAGUCGCGGAAGGAGGCCAACAAGGAGGAGAGAGGUAGUGGUAGGAGAGCCAAGCGCGCGCAAAAGGCUUCGCCUGCUGCGUCGGGGACUGCGACGCCACAGGUUCGGGGGCAGGGAGCUGGUCCGGUUGGGCCCAAGAAGAGGGUUGUGGCAGAAAACGGAAAGGUGUUGGUCGUUGAUUCAAUGGGGAAUGUUUAUUUGGAGGAGGAGGACGAGGAUGGAAAUGUCGCGGAGUACCUGCUUGAUCCUAAUGAACUCCCCCAGCCGACGAUCAAGGACACCGCCGUGGUUCGUCUGCCCCUCUGGGUAUACCGCAUCACUGUCGGCCGUCUCCUGUCCAAGCGUUCGCCCAUCGAGUCUGAGGAGCAAGCCGAGGAGGCCGCUCCUGAGGCGGCUGAGAACGAUGGCGAGGACUCGGAGCCGGGCAGGCCUACGCCUAGCAGCGGAUCUGCCGAGGAUUUUGAGAUGCUUGAGAAGUCGGUCGACGAGCUCGGCCGGGCUAAGGCCAGCGGGAACAACCCGAAGGGCUCCAAGGUGACGAAGCGCAAGAACAAGAAGAGGUGA